UAUAAGCUCAACUUUUGUUCUCCUUUUUACCUACUAGUCUCCAUUUUCCUUCGACGAGCACUCUUUUCAUCACGCUUCGUCUCGACCCCUCGCCCUCCCGAUCGAACUCGCGGAAGCCCUAGACUCAGAGGCAGGAACUCCGAGGAUGUUUAGUAGGCUUUUAGGAAAGCCCAAAGAGCAAACCAGCGCCUUGGCAACUAUCGAGAAAUUAUAUGAGACACUUGAAAUGCUCGAGAAAAAGGAGAAAGUUCUCCUUAAGAAGUCUGAUGCUGAGAUCGAAAAGGCUAAACAAUUCACCAAAACUAAAAACAAAAGAGCUGCUAUACAAUGCUUGAAGAGGAAGAGACUUUAUGAGCAACAAAUUGAGCAGCUUGGAAACUUCCAGCUGAGAAUUCAUGAUCAGAUUAUACUAUUGGAAGGUGCAAAAGCUACGACAGAGACUGUCGAUGCAUUGAGAACAGGAGCAUCUGCAAUGAAGGCAAUGCAAAAAGCAGUUAAUAUCGAUGAUGUUGACAAGACAAUGGAUGAGAUCAACGAGCAGACGGAGAACAUGAAACAAAUCCAGGAAGCAUUAGCAACUCCGAUCGGCUCUGCAGCUGAUUUUGAUGAAGACGAGUUGGAAGCAGAACUGGAGGAGUUGGAGGGAGCUGAGUUGGAAGAACAGCUUCUUCAGCCAGCCGCAGCUGCUCCGGUCGCUCCGGUGCAUGCUCCUGCUGGUAGACUACCGACUCGCCCUACUCCCCAGAAAAAUACUGCCGAAGAAGAUGAACUUGCAGCAUUGCAAGCUGAGAUGGCACUGUAGUCAGCUACCAUGAAUCUUUGUGAUAUGUUCCAUGUGUAGUAGAUUAGGAUCAACUUUAACGAUGCGCGACUAAACUGAUUGUUGUACUAAUAAUAAAGUCGAUAUUCUAUAAUUGGGAGUGCCUUGAGUUGGAGACUUU